GGAAAAAGAAAAGCGUUGGAAAUGAGUGAUCACAGCUCCAUGAAGAAUGCAAUGCUAGAAUGUAUGAAAACAUGUCCACAAUGGUGUAUUUAAAGGAAGAGAAGUUGGAGAAGCUCACUCAAGAUGAAAUCAUUGCCAAAACUAAGCAAGUGAUUAAUGGACUAGAGGCACUGAAGAAUGAACACAACUCAAUUUUACAGAGCUUGCUUGAAACACUGAAAUGUUUGAAGAAAGAUGAUGAGACUAAUCUGGUUGAAGAAAAAUCAAACAUGAUUCGAAAGUCACUGGAAAUGCUGGAGCUUGGCCUUAGUGAAGCACAGGUAAUGAUGGCCUUGUCAAAUCACUUAAAUGCAGUGGAAUCAGAGAAGCAGAAAUUGCGUGCUCAGGUUCGCCGGCUAUGCCAGGAAAAUCAGUGGCUACGGGAUGAACUUGCCAAUACACAACAGAAGCUACAGAAAAGUGAGCAGUCUGUGGCUCAACUGGAGGAAGAGAAGAAACAUCUAGAAUUCAUGAAUCAAUUAAAAAAAUAUGACGAUGAUAUUUCACCAUCAGAGGAUAAAGAUACAGAUUCCACCAAAGAGCCUUUGGAUGACUUAUUUCCCAAUGAUGAAGAUGAUCAAGGACAAGGAAUUCAACAGCAGCAUAGCAGUGCAGCAGCUGCUGCCCAGCAAGGUGGCUAUGAAAUUCCAGCAAGAUUAAGGACCCUUCAUAAUCUUGUUAUUCAGUACGCUUCCCAAGGUAGAUACGAGGUUGCUGUACCUCUCUGUAAACAAGCUCUUGAAGAUCUGGAGAAGACUUCGGGUCACGAUCAUCCUGAUGUUGCCACUAUGUUGAACAUACUCGCUUUGGUGUACAGAGACCAGAACAAAUACAAAGAUGCAGCAAAUCUCCUGAAUGAUGCCUUGGCUAUCCGCGAAAAGACUUUGGGCAAAGAUCAUCCAGCGGUGGCAGCAACUCUAAACAAUCUUGCAGUACUUUAUGGUAAGCGCGGAAAGUACAAAGAAGCUGAACCGUUGUGUAAGCGAGCUCUGGAAAUCAGAGAAAAGGUUCUGGGGAAAGAUCACCCUGAUGUUGCCAAACAAUUAAAUAACUUGGCUUUACUAUGCCAGAACCAGGGUAAAUAUGAGGAGGUUGAAUACUACUAUCAGAGGGCACUGGAGAUUUACCAAACUAAGCUGGGACCAGAUGAUCCAAAUGUUGCGAAAACAAAGAAUAACCUGGCAUCCUGCUACCUAAAGCAGGGCAAAUUUAAGCAAGCGGAAACUUUAUACAAAGAGAUUCUUACUCGUGCACACGAACGGGAAUUUGGCUCUGUAGAUGAUGAAAAUAAGCCUAUUUGGAUGCAUGCGGAAGAGAGGGAAGAAUGCAAAGGAAAGCAAAAAGAUGGCACAUCUUUUGGAGAAUAUGGUGGCUGGUACAAAGCUUGCAAAGUUGACAGUCCAACAGUAACAACUACCUUAAAGAACCUUGGAGCACUUUACAGACGACAGGGCAAAUUUGAAGCUGCUGAAACAUUAGAAGAGGCAGCAAUGAGAUCUCGUAAACAG